AUGGAAGGUCGUCCGGAUGAAUCAUUUGGAGAAUGUUUCCGGCGGAUGCUGAUCUCACCGGUUCUCACCGAUAAAUCGCUUUCAGAUCGGAGCGGGCGUGCGCGCGCGGACGAACGCCGGUGUGGACCGUUUCGCGAGUGUCAGGACGACCUUGAAAGUUCGUACGAACUGUCGGAGGAGGCGAGGGACUCUGUUGGUGUGUCUGUUCGUUGCGGAUGCGGAUCGUACGCGGAUCGUGCUUGUGUCACCGGGUUCGCCAAGUUGCAGCGGAAAGUAUUGGUGCUUGUUAGAGGGAGCAAGGAAACCGUUUCCAACAUCGUGCCCAGGAUGGCCGCUAUCUUCGUCGUCGUGUGCCUCCUGCUGCUGGACACUCGGCCAACGUUUGCUGCCAACAAUGGCGACGUGGCAACCGUUGGCUGGAUCAUCAUUGCUCUCGCAGACCGCUGCUGUCCGAUCGCAGUUUACCUAUAUCGUAAACUUCAUCACGAUCGACGUAGAUACAAAUGGCCCGCCGUAUAUUCCAUCUCUCCUCAUCCUAUCCACGCUGCGAUCCGUCUAUUUGAACGACGAUUUAAACGCGCACGAUUCGAUCAACGCGUAAUCGCGGAUUUCAUUUUGGCUACGUUAAAUCAGGAAGCCGACAGGGGCGUAAAGUGUUGCCGGAAAUUAUAGCGUGUCCAAAUAAAACGCGCCAGUGGGCGUGGGCGUUUCAUCGGUGGGAAAUAAAUAUCUCGCGAUAUCGCGGCCGGAUCGAUGCUGAUAAAAACAAAGUAGCUCCCAUCCCCGCUAAUCAACUCUUUCUUUUUUUUUUCUCCCUCCCUUUCUCUUUCCCGCGAAAAUCAAACUGGAAUUCGGCGAACGCGUGCGCUCCGCAAAAUUUCCAUCGGCGGAUAUUAGUUAAAUCGUGAUUUUCGGGCGAACGUGUACUGGCCGCGAAAUAACACCGAUUUUUAAUCGUUUUUUUUUUUUAAAUUCUUAAAUUUAUUUCGGAAUAAUUCCUUUGAAGUUCGUUUAGGAUGUUGGAAUCGUAAAAUCGAGUGAAAGAUUUGUUCUUUCCGUGGAGAUUUGUUGAAUUACGAGUAUCGCGAUGUGAUAGAUCUAUCUUCGUUGAUUUGCGGAUUUUUGUACCAUUUGGUGGUUGAAGAAGCAUUUCUGGUCAGUCAAGUUAUUAUAUUAUUGUACAAUUAUUAUAUAGUGUGUCAAAUAAUGUAUUAUAUUUAUAUAUAUUGUACAGGAUCACGUUGGAGUAUGUCAUUUGA